AUGCCUCGCCCGGGCAGGAACACGUACAGCGACCAGAAACCGCCCUACUCCUACAUCUCGCUGACUGCCAUGGCCAUCCAGAGCUCGCCGGAGAAGAUGCUGCCCCUGAGCGAGAUCUACAAGUUCAUCAUGGACCGCUUCCCCUACUACCGGGAGAACACGCAGCGCUGGCAGAACUCCCUGCGCCACAACCUCUCCUUCAACGACUGCUUCAUCAAGAUCCCGCGCCGGCCCGACCAGCCGGGAAAGGGCAGCUUCUGGGCGCUGCACCCGAGCUGCGGGGACAUGUUCGAGAACGGCAGCUUCCUGCGGCGCCGCAAGCGCUUCAAGGUGCUCAAGUCCGACCACCUGGCCCCCAGCAAGCCCGCGGACGCCGCCCAAUACCUGCAGCAGCAGGCCAAGCUGCGGCUCAGCGCCCUGGCGGCCGGGGGCCCCCACCUGCCGCAGAUGUCCGGCUACAGCCUGGGGGUGUCCCAGCCCUCCGGCUUCAAGCAUCCCUUCGCCAUCGAGAACAUCAUCGCCCGCGAGUACAAGAUGCCGGGCGGACUGGCCUUCUCCGCCAUGCAGCCCAUGCCGGCCGCCUACCCGCUCCCCAACCAGUUGACUACGGUGGGCAGCUCCAUUGGCACCGGUUGGCCUCACAUGUACAGCCCCGGCAUGAUCGACACGGCCACCAGCGAUUACAGCGCCUACGGGGUGCCCCUCAAGCCCCUAUGCCACGGGGGCCAGACUUUGCCAGCCAUCCCGGUGCCCAUCAAGCCCACCCCGGCGGCGGUGCCGGCUCUGCCGGCCCUGCCAGCGCCCAUCCCCACCCUCCUCUCGAACUCGCCCCCCUCGCUCAGCCCGACCUCUUCCCAGACAGCCACCAGCCAAAGCAGCCCCGCGACGCCCAGCGAGACGCUGACCAGCCCCGCCUCGGCCCUGCACUCGGUAGCGGUGCACUGACACUCCGCGGCUCGCUCCAAACUUUCCUCGGCGUUUGCUUGCUCCCCGAGAGGAGAGAAAACUCCCGGCGGGGACACUCGAGGUUUGCUAGUCCUGGGAGCGGUCUUUGCCUCUCUGGCGUACCCUGGUUUAGCGGCUCGAGCCCGGGGCGGUUGGGAGUUGCUCCUUAACUUAGUUUUAAACACUGGAAAAGUAUCUAGUCCCCCCUCCCCCGUGUGUAUAAAGUGCCAUUUGCAUCACCAGGUUUCCAAAAGGUACUUAAGGCA